UGGCUUUAAAAUUGGCUCCUCCCCACUCUCUUCUUUUUGUGUAUUUAAAGUGGUAGGCUACAAAUAUCCCACCAAAACUUCAGUAAUCAACUACCCUCCAAUUUGAGAAAUGGAUUCUCAUUCUUAUUCUCUUUUUCAAUCCCCAAACUCCGACUUCUCGCCGGAAUCUUCAUUUGGCUCCUCAGAAGGUUUCUCAUGGGAUGGGUUUUUUUUCAAAGAGGAUCCUCUUCCUUUCAAUGAGAAUGAUUCAGAGGAGAUGCUCCUCUUGGAUGUUCUCACUGAAGCUGCUCGAGAAUCACCAGAUACCCAUUCUUCUUCCACUCGAAUCAAAGAUGAAGAAGUGAACUCCAAGGAGAAGAAAGAGUCCAAUAAGCAAGCAAAGGAGAAGAGCUAUAGAGGUGUCCGUAGGAGGCCAUGGGGAAAAUUUGCAGCCGAGAUAAGGGACUCUACUAGACAUGGAAUCCGUGUUUGGUUGGGUACUUUCGAUAGUGCAGAGGCGGCGGCGCUCGCUUACGAUCAGGCGGCGUUUUCAACUCGUGGGUCACUCGCCGUCUUGAAUUUUCCGGUGGAGAAGGUGAUUGAGUCACUACGAGACAUGAAUAAGUAUAGUUUUGAAGAAGGGUGCUCACCUGUAGUUGCACUUAAGAAGAGACACUCCAUGAAAAGGAAGUCUAGUACUAGUGGGAAGAGCAAAGAGAGAGAAGUGAGGAUACAAAAUGUGGUGGAAUUGGAAGAUCUAGGUACAGAUUACUUGGAAGAACUCUUGAAUUCUUCUGUAGGUGCUAGUCCUUGGUGAUUAAUCAAUCAAACAAGCCUAGCCCACAUCAUAUUUUUAUUCAUCUUCUUUUGUUCUUUCUUCUAUAAUCCAUCCUUGUUAAUUUUUAAAUAUAUUUGCUUCUACCUCUCUUUCUCUUUAGUUUUUUUAACUACCCAUGUAAAGUUUCUGGUGAUGAUCAUUCUUUUAAAGAUCAUUAUCCCCUACAGUCUUUUUAUCAUAUUGGGUACCUCAAUCACA